UUUUCAACAGCAAAUUCCAUUGGGUUCUUGAUUUAUGACUUAAAUUAGGCUUUUCAAUAGUUUUGUAACCAUUAAAGCUUCGAUUUUGACGACUUUCAUUUCUUGCAUUUGCUCAACUAAUUAUGGCAAAUUCAAUACUCAUAUCUGGAACUCAAAGUUUCAGUCUUUGUAAUAGAGUUUCCCCAAAUGGGUUAGGCUUUGUUGGUUCAGAUUUCAAUGGGAAUCAAUUUCCCAAGCUGGGUUUAUCAAGAACCAAUUGUAAAAUCAAAACCCUAGCUCCAAUUUGCAGUAUUUCAACAUCUAGGCCAGCUUCACAGCCAAGAUUCAUACAGCACAAACAAGAAGCUUUUUGGUUUUAUAGGUUUUUAUCUAUUGUGUAUGAUCAUGUGAUUAAUCCUGGGCAUUGGACUGAAGAUAUGAGGGAUGAUGCACUUGAACCAGCUGAUCUUAAUGACAGGAAUUUGACUGUGGUGGAUGUUGGUGGUGGCACUGGUUUCACUACAUUGGGUAUAGUUGAGCAUGUAGAUGCCAAGAAUGUUACAAUUCUUGACCAAUCUCCUCAUCAGCUGGCUAAGGCUAAGGAAAAGGAACCUUUGAAGGAAUGCAAGAUAAUUGAGGGUGAUGCUGAGGAUCUUCCAUUCUCAACUGACUAUGCUGAUAGAUAUGUAUCUGCUGGAAGUAUUGAAUACUGGCCGGACCCACAACGUGGAAUCCGAGAGGCAUACAGGGUUCUGAAACCUGGAGGAAAGGCGUGCUUAAUCGGUCCUGUGCACCCUACCUUUUGGUUGUCUCGUUUCUUUGCUGAUGUGUGGAUGCUCUUCCCUAAGGAGGAAGAAUACAUAGAGUGGUUUGAGAAGGCAGGAUUCACGGACGUCCAACUGAAGAAGAUUGGCCCAAAAUGGUAUCGUGGAGUUCGAAGGCAUGGGCUUAUCAUGGGAUGUUCUGUUACUGGUGUUAAGUCUACACCAGGGGAUUCACCACUGCAGCUUGGCCCAAAAGCAGAAGACGUGACAAAACCUAUAAAUCCAUUUGUCUUUAUGCUGCGGUUCCUUCUGGGUGCAACGGCAGCAACAUACUAUGUUUUGGUUCCUAUUUACAUGUGGAUUAAAGAUCAGGUUGUUCCUAAAGGCGAACCUCUGUGAGAGACCAAGCAACUUACUAAUUACUGGCUGAUCCUUCUACCGUUGCAUCUGGUUCUGGUUAGCGCAGUUCUGCAUUUCAAUUGUAUGCCUAGAGUUUUCCGCAAAUGACACCUUAGCUUGGUCUCGACUUCAGUCGAUAUAAUUUUCCAAAUGUAGACUGUACUCCUUUCCUAUAGCUCUUUUUAGAUGACUUCCAACUUUUAUUAUCUGAACCUGGUGAGUUUGUUACUCCCUAUAAUGCUCCUACUAUUUGUUUUGCGGUAAAUCCUUCCCAUAUCUUCAAAAUAGUACCAUGUUUAUAUAUGUUAUUAUAACUUAUAUACUUUACAUAAAUAUUGAGAAGUAUUAGAGAGU